AUGCUUUCUUCCUCUGCCCCGCUCUCCAAACACCCGCAGGAAAUAGGUGCUGGCUCACCUCCCCUAGAAGAUAAGAGCCUCGACAAGCAGACCGAAAGCUUUUCUAGCACAGAGGACCAGGAUGAUGUCGAGCUUGCCAAGCUUGGAUAUAAAUCAGAGUUUGCAAGAGAGUUUGGUAACUUCAGUACAAUCUCGUUUGCAUUCUCGAUUAUGGGACUGUGUUCCUCAGUUACUAGCACAUUCAACACUCCGAUGUUGUCUGGUGGUCCGGCUUCAGUCGUCUGGUGCUGGCUGCUUGGUUCGGUCAUGUGCUUUGGCUUCGGGACCUCGAUAGCUGAAUUAGUAUCAGCGUACCCUACGUCAGGUGGCCUCUAUUCGGCUUCAGCGUAUCUUGUUCCCAGGCGUUAUCGUCCCUUUGUUGGCUUUACGGUCGGCUGGCUGAACAUUCUUGGACAGAUUGCUGGUGUGGCAUCUACCGAAUUUGCGCUCAGUGAAAUGAUCUGGGCCGCGUACACACUCAUGAGGAACGAUGACUUCUCACCCUCCAAGUCUCAAACCGUAGGAUUGUAUGUUGGCCUUUUAGUCCUGCAUGGAUUACUUAAUUGCCUGGCGACGAAAGCUCUUGCGGGGAUCACCAAAUCAUUUAUCUUCAUCAAUCUGACGGGAACUAUGGCUAUGAUUAUUGGCUUGCUGGCGACAACCCCCGACAAACACGAUGCCACUUACAUUUUCACCAAAGUUGUUGAUCAAACUGGAUGGGGAAAUGAUGGGUUAGCGUUUCUCUUGGGCCUAUUGAGUGUGCAAUGGACCAUGACCGAUUACGAUGCUACUGCGCACAUCUCUGAAGAGGUCAAACGAGCGGCUAUCGCCGCACCUGUUGCGAUUUUCGUUGCCGUAGCUGGGACGGGAUUGUUUGGAUUCGUUCUCAACAUAGUCCUUGUCAUGUGCUCAGGCAACAUCGAUAUCAACAACCGCGGCGGCCGUUCAGAAAUGAUUGUUGCCAAUAUUCUUUACCGCAACCUUGGCCCGACGUGGUUCGCCAUCGUCUGGGCUGUGAUCUGCUUGAACAGCUUCUCCGUCGUCUUGACAGCCCUCCAAGCCAAUUCUCGUACAAUCUUCUCAUUCAGUCGCGAUGGUGGUCUGCCCGAUCGCGGUAUCUUCAGUCGUCUCUCAGUCCAGAAAGUCCCUGUUUAUGCGGUUUGGUCGGUGAUUGUUGUGUCAAUCUUGAUGGGUCUUUUGAAAUUUGCUUCUACAGUCGCACUAAAUGCUAUCUUCAGUUUAUGCACAAUUGCCCUUGACUCGUCAUACGCCAUUCCAAUUGCCAUGAAGCUCAUAUACAUGGACCAUCCUGAAGUGCAAUUCAAACCUGGCCCUUUCAGUCUGGGUAGAGGGACGCCAUUGAUGUGGUUUGUCAACCUGCUUUCAUUGGCAUGGGUGUCGUUUGUAGUUGUCAUACUCGCCUUGCCGACGGUCAUUCCAGUCACUGUUUUGAACAUGAACUAUGCCUCUGUUAUCACAUUUAUUGUCAUAUCUCUGUCCACCAUCUGGUAUCUGACUUCUGCGCGUCAUUGGUAUGUUGGACCCAAAUCCAACUUACAUUAA